GUAAAGUGUGAGAGGCUCCAACCGAGACAGAUACGAUGGGGUGCUUUACCUUCGUGAAAACUAUGAUGAUCCUCUUCAACCUCCUGAUCUUUCUGGGGGGCGCCGGCCUGCUGGCUGUGGGCAUCUGGGUAAGCGUGGAUGGGGGCUCCUUCCUGAAAGUGCUGGGUCCUUUCUCCAGCCAAGCAACGCAGUUUGUCAAUGUUGGCUACUUCUGCAUCGUCAUUGGCGCCAUCCUGGUGCUGCUGGGCUUCAUGGGCUGCUGCGGAGCACAAAAGGAGAGCAAGUGUCUCCUCAUCCUGUUCUUCUCCAUCAUCCUCAUCAUUUUCAUCGCUGAAGUUGCAGCUGCCGUCGUCGCGCUGGUAUACUCGUCAUUUGCACAGAGUCUCCUCCAGGCCUGGGCUGAGCCUGCACUGAAGAACCAGUAUGGAAAUGACAAGGUGGUGACGCAGAUAUGGAAUGACACCAUGACUGAGCUCAAGUGUUGCGGAUUCUCCAACUACACAGACUUCAAUAACUCCAGUUAUCUCAAGCAGCACAGUGGGACCUACCCUCCCACCUGCUGCAAUAGCACUGCCCCCUGUGAAGUGCAGUUGGCACAGAAAAGUAAGGUCCAGGGUUGUUACAAACAUCUUCUGUCCGAGCUACAGAAAAAUGCAAAUGUGGUUGGGGGAGUAGCUAUUGGCAUCGGGGCUGUAGAGAUUUUGUCUAUGAUUGUCUCCAUGUACCUCUACUGUCACAUGGACAAAAACUGACAACGAAAGAGGGC